AUGGAAGAUUUGAAGGAACAGUUCCCAGCGUACAACACCGUGCUUCGCCAAUCGAACGGUCAGCAAAGACCGUACCAUAGUACCGGCCUACCCGACUGUCCACCGACCGGAGCAGGUAUACCGGGCAUGGUAAUGAUUGGCCGCAAAAGUGGCCCUGCCGUACCGCCAAAACCGCGCAAAAACGGCCAGCAACAGGUACCGCCCCAAGUUCCAAAAAGUUCCAACGUCAAGCAGUACUGUGAGCCCUCAUUCUCUACCGUGCUCGAAGGUCAAGCGACUCUCCUUGACGAGCACGCGUACACAAACGUUACUAACGGCACGGGGGGCGGUCGGGGUGGAAAGUUAGGUGCGCGAAAGGUUACCCUUGACGAUGCCCUCGAACUGCAGCACGUUAAAGAAGCGCUGGAACAUCACAAACGCACACUGGAAGCAGCCCGCUCGAAAACACUCCAAGGUCCGGAACAUGUUGGUACAAACAUGGUGUAUGAAAACACCCAACCAGCGGGUGGAUACACAUCGGACGCCACGUACUCGAAUCUUCCCGGUAGUGCGUCACAUCAUCCGGUGGGCGGCAAAGGUAACGAAGGACUGAUUUAUAGCAACAUAAUGCACUCCACGAAUCCUCCUCCAGCGAAAGUGUUUCCUCAGCGACAAAUAUCGGAAGAAUUACCACCACCACCACCACUACAGGAUGUGCCGUUGCAGUUGACGCUGAACGCGCUCAGUCUGGAGGAUAAUGAGGAUGAGUUCCCACCGCCCCCGAGUCCGGUUAGUUCGUCGUACAGUGAGCUACGGCGUGCUACCGAUCUGCCGCACAUGGGCCGACAGUCCCAACCGACGUACACGCUGGUCGGACCGGGCGCUGGAGGUGGUGUUGGUGCGCAGGGUGGCCAAACUUACAGUAAUAUGGCAAAUCCGGGAAGUCAAAUCUAUGCGAACAAUAUGCACCAUCAGUCACUGUACGGUACGUACGGGAUGAGUUCGCAAGGAUCGACCACGUACGAAUCGAUCUACGAACCGAUUAAUCCGAGGCCACCGAGUCAGAUGUCGGGCCGGUCGAACUAUUCACUGUACGCACCGUAUGUGAAUUCGCACGGCAUCAAUAGCCCGAACGAUAGCAUUAUCACGAGCGCCUCCCAGCAACAGCAGCACCGUCAUGGCCAUGGAGGAGGGAACGGAAUGUCGAAGGGGAGUGCCGAAGUGGACACACUUACCGAUCUGCUGGUACAAUCGAUUCAGGACCAGGAAUCGUUCGGAACGUGCGUAAAGUGUGGAGAGCGCGUGGUAGGCGAAAAGACGGGCUGUACGGCAAUGGACAAGAUUUACCACAUCGCAUGCUUUACUUGCCACCAGUGUCAGAUAAAUCUGCAGGGCAAACCGUUUUACGGGCUGGAUGGGAAACCGUACUGUAAGGAAGAUUAUCUAAACACUCUCGAAAAGUGUUCCGUCUGCUUGAAACCGAUUCUGGAACGUAUUCUCCGCGCCACCGGCAAACCGUACCAUCCGCAAUGCUUCACCUGUAUCGUUUGUGGCAAAUCGUUGGAUGGAAUACCGUUUACGGUGGAUGCAACGAACCAGAUACACUGUAUUGAUGAUUUUCAUAAAAAGUUUGCCCCGCGGUGCUGUGUCUGCAAGAUGCCGAUUAUGCCAGGACCGGGUGAGGAUGAAACGGUGCGCGUGGUUGCGCUCGAUCGCAGCUUCCACAUCAAUUGCUACAAGUGUGAGGAUUGUGGGUUGGUGCUGUCGUCGGAGGCGGAGGGCCGUGGCUGCUAUCCGCUGGACGAUCACAUACUGUGCAAGAGCUGUAACGCGAAACGGGUGCAGGCCCUUACCAGCCAUAUGACGACUGAGCUGUAGGCGA